GGUAGGCAGUCGGACAGGACGAGCCUCUGCCAGGCAAGCAGCAGGCACUAAUCGUCGGAUCCCUCACUAUCAUGGUCCCUGCACGAAAAAACGACGGCUGGAACGCGUCACAUUUUUCAGCCACAGAUUUAAAACCUAAAAGCCAGCCAUGUUGGAAGCGAAUUGGGGUUGUUUAUUAGACUAAAGCAAAAUAAACCACAAACUAAAGAAGAAGAAGAGGCACCCGGCGGUUAUAACCACGCCAGCAGUAGGCAAGGAAAGACGGCGUCCGGCCCGAGGAGAAGCUCCGAGGUCGGGGAAUCCGGUCGGAGCAACCCUCAUCGUUUCUGGCCUCCCCUUCCCGAGAGCUCCAUGGAGAAAAUGAAGCGGUUCAAACGGCGUCUCUCUCAGACGUUAAGAGGCAGCCACACCAUCGACGAGUCGCUGUCAGAACUGGCCGAGCAGAUGACAAUUGAGGAGAAUGGUCUGAAGGACAACGCAGAGCCCAUCGUGAAGAAUGGCCGCCCGCCAUCGGCCCACAGCGUCCACUCCUUCCUGCACCAAUACACGGGGUCCUUCAAAAAGCCGCCCCUCCGACGGCCUCAGAGCGUCAUUGGCGGGGGCCUUGGCUCACUCAUGGUGAUGCCUCGCAACGGCAGUCGCCUUGAUAUUGUCCACGAGAACCUGAAGAUGGGGUCGGAUGGAGAGAGCGAUCAAGCCUCUGGGACAUCCUCAGAUGAGGUGCAGUCACCCUCCGGUGUCUGCUUGAGGAACAGAGGGAACCGCCGCAUCUCUGCAGAGGACCUGAACAAGCGCCUGUCCCUGCCAGCCGACAUCAGGAUACCUGACGGCUAUUUGGAGAAAUUGCAGCUGAGCAGCCCGCCCUUUGAUCAGCCGCUGAGCCGACGCUCCCGACGGGCAUCACUGUCCGAGAUCGGCUUUGGGAAGUUGGAGACGUACAUAAAACUGGACAAACUAGGAGAGGGUACCUACGCUACGGUUUUCAAGGGGCGGAGCAAGCUGACAGACAACCUUGUGGCACUCAAGGAAAUCAGGUUGGAGCAUGAGGAGGGGGCGCCAUGCACAGCUAUACGAGAAGUGUCGCUGCUGAAGGACCUGAAGCACGCCAACAUUGUGACGCUCCAUGACAUCGUGCACACAGAGAAAUCGCUCACAUUGGUCUUCGAGUACCUGGACAAAGACCUCAAGCAAUACAUGGAUGACUGUGGGAACAUCCUGAGCAUGCAAAAUGUCAAGAUUUUCCUCUUCCAGAUCCUGAGAGGCUUGGCCUACUGUCACCGGCGGAAAGUUCUCCAUCGAGACCUGAAGCCUCAAAAUCUGCUCAUCAAUGACAGAGGGGAGCUCAAACUGGCUGAUUUUGGCCUGGCAAGGGCCAAGUCAGUGCCCACCAAAACUUACUCCAAUGAAGUGGUCACGCUGUGGUACCGGCCCCCCGACGUGCUACUGGGUUCAUCUGAGUACUCCACACAGAUAGACAUGUGGGGCGUGGGCUGCAUAUUCUACGAGAUGGCUGCGGGUAGGCCCCUCUUCCCAGGCUCCACAGUGGAGGAUGAGCUGCACCUCAUUUUUAGGCUGCUAGGCACUCCCACAGAGGAUAGCUGGCCUGGAAUUUACUCUAUAGAGGAGUUUAAGUCCCACAAGUUCCCAAAGUACAAGACACAGCCGCUUAUUAACCACGCCCCCAGAUUGGACAUUGACGGCAUCGACCUGCUCACAUCGUUCCUCAAAUACGAGUCCAAAAAGAGGAUCUCUGCUGACGAAGCAAUGAGACAGGCGUACUUCAGGAGCCUCGGGCCUCGCGUGCGCACACUGCCAGAGAACAUAUCCAUCUUCACGCUGAAGGAGGUCCAGCUGCAGAGAGACCCCGGCUGCAGGAACUCCUCCUAUCCCGAGUCAGGUAACGGGAAGAGCCGAAGACAAAGCAUGCUGUUUUAAAUUCUUUGGACAUUUUUUUUUUUUUUACAUUUGAGCUGUACAGUGUUAUCGCUGGAUCAGUGACCUUGAGAUGGAGCAUCUUCAUCACCAUCAUCAGCCCUUCUAACCCCCCUUACACAAGGUUUGGCCUAAACAUGGCCAACAUGCUCUAUUUAUUAAGAAGAGAGAAUGUGCUGCUAAGAUAUGACUACUGUUUUAGAAUUCUAACUGGCUCAGUCACUUUAAUAAGAACAUGCAAUGUGUAUACUGUAGAUUUGUAAUCUUUUGACGUGGUGACUUUUUUUUUUAGUGUUUUCUUUUUUUUUUUAAACACAGAUUUUUUUUCCUUGCAGCUUGAAAAAGGUUUGGACUUUUUGUUCGCAGGAGAAGCUUCAGUCUUGACAGAUGUUGGCGUAUCAUUCCAGGGUCACACGCCUAGCAGGGCAUUAAAUACUCAGAGGUACACCUCCAUGGUUAUUCUCACAGUUGAAAUAUUUAAGCCAACAUGUUACUGUCACAUGUGAUGUUUGUCUGUUACAAAGCUUCUCUAGACUUUUUUUUUUUUAAUUUACUUUAAAAAAAAAACUGCAUGGCUGCCAUGUUACAAGGAAGAAGUACAAGCUACUCAACUCCUAAUUCAGGGAGCCCCACCCCCUUUUGUGAACUCCACCCCUUCAGUCUAUUUAACAGUGUUUUUUGUAUGAUAUUCUUUAAUGUUUAUUUGUGGGUCAUUGUUACCAGUGUGGGUUUUCAAUGCAGAUGCCCUCCUAUGAGUUUUUUUUUUCCAGAGCAAAGAUUAAAUCUAAAAUUUAAACAGAAA